AUGAAAUAUAGCCGAGGACAAACUGUUCUGUGCACAUGGAAAGACAAUUCAAAAAAUUAUGAGGCUAAGAUAAUAGAAGUUAGUGCCAAACGCAAAAAGACGCCUUAUAAAGUUCAUUAUUUGGGUUGGAAGCAUAAAUGGGACGAAUGGAUUGGAGAAGAUAGGAUAAUGGAAGUUAGAAAUAGGCGUAACAAAUCUGUUAAAAAUCGCAAUUCUAAGUCUGAAGCAAAUUCAAGUCUUGAACUUCCUUCAACUUCCCAGGAACCUAAUGUUUAUUGUGCUGGUUCAUCUAUUACUGCUCAGAGGAAAGUAUUAAGCGCUGUUGAUGAGACGAAACAAAGUGACGUCUUGCCGAGCAUCAGUCAAAACAGUGUUGAGCACACUCCUGCACCUGUGGUAUCAGGUGGCAGAAGUGAAGUACCUCAAGCAAAGUCUUCUACGCGCUCAUUUAGAAACGGCAGUACAACUUCUGAGGAUAAUUUAGCUUCGUGCAACAAAACUAACUCGCGAAAACGGAAGAUCCAGACCGGCUGGAUUAGGCGGUCUUCGAGAACUCAGAAGUUACAGAUGCAACAACUUGGUCUUUCUGAGGAGUUCGCCGAUGAUUUACUCAAAGAUUUGGAUGGUCCCGAAAUUGUGCCUGAUAAAAAAACCUCUCAAAAUCCUAAAGUUUCCUCUAGUUCUGGAUAUUCAGUUACGGGUACAAAUAGUCUAAAUGGAUAUCCAAACACCGUUGAUGAUGCAGGAUUGAGAAGCUCAGGUUCAAAAUCGGCAACUUGUGAGGCAGCUAAAAAAGUGAUGCGUGGACCUCCUAACAGUCCAAUUGUAAGGAGCAGAAGGAAUGGGUUGAAGUCUAAAAAUUUAAAACUUCUUGUUUCUUCGGGGAGUGGUUCGUCAUCUAACUCUGAUUGUAAUAAGUCGCAGAAAGUUGCUACUGCUUCUCAGCUUGAGAAGGUGGAAUUUUUGAGUGGUGAUAGUGCAGUUGUGCAGGAUAAUGGCGGUGUCGUUAUGCGGAAUUUAGGUGUUCUUUCGAAGCCUGAAGCUUCUGCGCAGUCUGAUAAGAUAAUAAAAACUGAAGUUCCUAGCAGUGAGUCUCAUAGCCCUGACAUGAUAUCUCCUACAACUGCUAUUGUCAACCUUGUCUAUGAACUUGCGCAAUCUUUCCCAGCCGCUUCUGAAAGUUCUUCUGCCAAAUUCAUGUCGCUCUCUCCAGCGGUUGCCAAAAUGAAUUUAGUAAAUGAUUUGAAGAGUUGUGAAAUGGCAACUUCAGCCAGCGAGAAAAGUACGUCAGGUGCUAGCAUAUUUCGUGGCCGACAGAGCGAAGUUUUUAAUAAUCAGUAUGAAGUGAAUGGUGCUGGGCACAGCGUUUUGGGAAAACGACGCUGUUAUAAGAAUUAUGGUUCUAUGCAGUGCAGUUCAUCUGCGUGCCCUAGCUCUGUUGAUCGUUCAACACAAGUUGAAAGUUUAGAAAAUGUUUUUCCUGGUUUGGACUUACCUCUUGAACCUGAUUUUUAUCCAAACGGGGAACGGGAGCUGUUACUAACCAACUCUAGCCGUUUUGACGUAGAGUUAACGGAAGGCAGUCCGGAACUUAUAGAUUUACAGAGCAGCUCUUCAAAAACUCCAAAUGAUCUUCAAGAUUCUUUCAAAAGCAAUAUAAACUCAAAAGUACUCACAAUUUCAGAAUUUGCUCGCCGAAUUUAUGGAGCUCGAGAACGAACGUUUCAUCAGCGGUCAUUUGAGUUAAGUCAACUUAAAUCGAAACAGCGGCUGAAUUUUGAAGACAUCUUUCGUAGGAACCAAGCCAAGGGUGAAUUAGCAAAUGCGUAUAACUCCGAGGGACCUGACGUUUUUUCUGAUAAGUGUCUUGAUGUGCCUGCAUCCACUUCCUCCUCUGUGAUUCGAAGUUCACAGAUGCUGCGGCACCCUCUGGUUGUUAAAACGGGUUUCAGUGGCUCUGUUGGAAUGAAGCAGAGACACCGUAAUUCUUGCGAUAAACGAUCGUUAACUGUUUCUAACGGAGAGAUUCAAGCCUUUAAAUAUUAUUCACGACGAGUUAGCGAGUUUGACGAAAUGGCUAUUCCUGUUGAAACAAACGUUUCUGAGCAAGGAGAGGCACGAAGACGUCUAAGAGCAGAAGAUUUUGUUCCUUUACCUCCACCAAUUUUGGAAGAUCAUUGCUAUAUAAAAAUGCCUAGCUCUUUCUGUCAAGAAGAUGACAAUCCAGGACGUUACCAAGAGAAUUCAUUAGAUCGUGAAGAGGAUGGGAAGGAAUCAGCGCAGUCUUUAGAGGAUAUUAACAGCCAUUCUUGUUCAACACCUGGUGUAAGUUUUAUGUCUCAAUUUUUAAAGAAAAAACUAGGGACGCAGUGCUUGGCGAAGGCUUUAGUGAAAGCGAUCGAAGUUUUGAGCUGCAUUUGGGUUGGUGUGUUUGCGCUUGAUGGGAAGUCGAUUUCCAGUAUGGUGGAAGAAUGCAGCUUUACUAUGCCGUGA